GGAAGCGGGGGAGCGCUGUGGAUCCCGAGUCGCUGGGAGCUGUGGCUAAGAGACGGGCGAAGCCGGCGAUGGCGGAGAAGUUUGACCACCUGGAGGAGCACCUGGAGAAGUUCGUGGAGAACAUCCGGCAGCUCGGCAUCAUCGUCAGCGACUUCCAGCCCAGCAGCCAGGCGGGGCUGAGCCAGAAGCUGAACUUUAUUGUUACGGGCUUACAGGACAUAGAUAAGUGCAGACAGCAGCUGCAUGAUAUCACGGUGCCUCUGGAAGUUUUUGAAUACAUUGAUCAAGGUCGGAAUCCCCAGCUCUACACCAAAGAGUGCCUGGAGAGGGCUCUAGCUAAGAACGAGCAAGUCAAGGGAAAGAUUGACACGAUGAAGAAAUUUAAAAGCCUACUGAUUCAGGAACUUUCUAAAGUGUUUCCAGAAGACAUGGCCAAGUAUCGGAGCAUUCGGGGGGAAGACCAUCCACCAUCCUAAGUGUGAUGAGCCCCACAUCCGUUUAAUAACCGGACUGACGCAGUGAGAAGCUGUGCCUGCCACUGCUGCCUUCCAGCCACGAGAACUGGCCUUGCCCCUGCCUCCGGUUCCCAUCGUGUGACCUCGUGGGACUCUGGGGCUGAGGGAACAGAGCUGUGUCCCAGCUGUCCCUGUAGCUCUCAGACCCCUGGUGACCCCUUCUUUCUGCAGGGGAACAGGCAGGAAGACAGCCUCGCUGAAAUGUGAAAUGGGAUUCUACUGGACAUUGUCUUUUUAUGUAUGCUGUUCUGUUAUACUAUCCAUAAGAGAAAACUUGGUUUUAUAUUUUACAUUUUCAGAUGUUGUGCAUAAGAACAUAAUUGUUUUCAUGGGCUUCAUAGUAAAGUCUAAAGAUUUACACAGCA